UAGUAAGCAAGGUCGGUGGUUUUCGUCAUAGAUUAGUGUUCUUCCUUAUAGAAUCCAGGGCAGUAAGAAGAAUCAUUCUAGCAUCGUAUAGUCAUGAUUGAAGUCAAUCAUUUCCUCACAGGAGAUACAAGUGCCCAGCACAUUCUUAACCGGCAGUUUCGUCCGGGGUUACCAACCUCAAAAAUCAUGCUCGCUCCAGAGCCACCUGGUCUGUCUGCUCUUGAGAGCAUUUACAUGGAUGAGCGUUUUUAUGAUCAAGAGAACGGCAAAUUUUCCUUUGAAAGCCUUCCAAAUACUCCACAAGAUUUGUUAUCGAACACACAAAGACAAUUCAGCUUUGAAGAUAUCGGAGAAUUAGAAGCUGAAAACCCAUGGCAGUUCAAAGCUCCUGAUCAAUGGCAAUCUGUCGAUGUUAUAGACUGGAUCUUUUAUUGGGCCAAUCAAAACAGAGUUGAUCUCUUAGAUGUGAAUAUGCUGAUAUUUAACACACUCACUGGCCGGGAAUUAAGUAGAAUGAGCCGACAAGAGUUUUGCGCCAUCGAUAAUCAAUAUGGCAGUGCUCUAUACGAUGCAUUUCACUAUCUUGUUGCUCAAUAUAGUGCUCCUACAUCCAUUUCAGAACAUUUAUUACCAUCUGAUCACGAUCUUGUGGAUGAUGUAGAAUGGGAAAAAUGCACAAGAUGGAAUAAUGUGUUUGUAGAAGCUCAAGGACCUACAUCUGGAUAUUCUGGAUGUGAUUCUGAUCGUGAAAGUGCAGGUAGUAGUAUGAGUACUGUUAAUGAAAGGCAAGAGCUGGGAAUGAUUUUCAAUACCAUGGCAAGACCUUUUCCAAAACAACAAACAAUUUGUAUUAAGAAAGUUGGAAGAAGAGGAAGACCGCCAAAAAAAGAUGGUAAACUUCGUGGGAAACAAGGCAAGGGUAGUGGUAAGCUGUGGGAGUUCAUACGAGACCUUCUACUAAAUCCUGCCACUAAUCCAAGCAUGAUUCGUUGGGAAAGAAGAGAAGAUGGAAUUUUUAAAUUUGUUCAGUCAGAUAAAGUUGCUCGUCUUUGGGGAGAUCGAAAGCAGAAUCCAAGAAUGACUUAUGAAAAGUUGAGUAGAGCAAUGAGAUAUUACUACAAAAGCCAAGUUCUACUUCCAGUAUUUGGAAGACGAUUAGUGUAUAAAUUUGGUCCAAAUGCUACUGGUUGGCGACCAAUUCUUCAUCAAACACAAGUGAUGUGAGGUAGAACGUUCAAGCAUUCAAAAAGCCAUUGCAUUUAACACAGCUAUUGAUGUUCCAUCUUAAAGAAUUAAAUCAAACUAUAAAUGUUUUCAAAAUAACUGUUUUAUAUUCUGGAAAAAAAGUUUUUAUUUUGACAUUAUAAGUUUUUAUCUUGACAUCAUUAGCUUUUAUUUGAAACUAUAGUAUUUAUUGCAACAUAUUUUGAAAUAACAAGUAAAUUCCAAUAAGAAAACUUCACAAGUAGGUAAAAGUAUUGGGAAAAAUUGUUAAUAUUUUUAUUAUCACAAAGACAAACAAUAAAAUUAAAUCUUUCACAAUGGCUUGUUAGUAAGAAAAUAAUAAAGAUAAAAAAACAGAGUUAAAAUGUGUUAACUAUAAUAAUAGUGAAAACAUUUACAGUAAACUCCCAAUUUAUCCUUGGUAUGAUUUUAUGACUAAACCAUAGGUGUAAAAUUUUAACCAUGGGAGAAUUUUGUCCCAGUGAUAUUUUGUGCCUCAAUAUUUUGUUCACAAGAGAUUCUGUAAAAUUACAUUUUGUAUCCAUGAGAAUCUAUCCAAAGACAUCUUGUUUGAAUGCAAUUAUCUCCCUCUAUUUUUUCCAUACAAGAUAAUGUCUCAUGAUAUUUUAUCUGUGUGAGAUUCAAUUUCAUAUUUCGUAACUUCUAUUAUUUUACACAAUAUAUCUUCUGAUUCAGAAUCCGUCCUACAGUUUCUGACAAACCAUUCGCACUACCCAGAUAGCACACUGUCUCAUUUUUAUUGAAAUCUGGAAACGGUUCUAUCUGGGUAGUAACAUAUAUCUCAGACUUGCCACAGGAAUUUUGAAAAAAUAUGUUGAACUUUAUGACGAAACAUAAUAGUUCAAAAACAAGUUUUCCGAAAUGUAAAAAAAAAACAUUAAUUGUACAUCAAAUUAUAAUAAAAGUUUAUAAUUAAAUAAAUUGUAUAAAAAUAUAAAUUUAAACAUAUUUUUUAUAAAGACAUUCAAUAAUUUCAUUUUCAGUUAUCUCUCUUGUUAGUUAUUUUAAAAUGUCAUUAUUUACUGAACUCUCAAUUGGAAUUUUUCAUUAAGGGCCAAUUUGAUGGCUUAAUAUUGUUUAAAAUUGUAAUUUAAUUUGGUAUUAAUAAUCAGUACUAAAUAUUUUUAAUUUAAAUAUUUCACUAAUUUUGAAUGCAAUUAAAAACAUUAUAAAAAAUCUGUUUGUCAAUGUUCCCUUAGUUAUAACAAAACAUUGAGUCAUAAUAAAACAUUUUUAGUAGUUGCAAAAGAGCUAUUGAAGAAGAAUAAUCAUUAAAAAAAUUAUAUUGUGUUUUUAAACUACACUAAAUACCUAUUAAUUACACUUAUAAACUAGCACUACUUAAGUUUUUAUACAAUAAACUGUAGCUGUAAUACAUUAAAAUAUAAACAUCAAAUGGAGUAGAAAUUAUUACUUUGACCUUACGAAAAUUUCAACAUUUAACAAUCAGCAGAAAUUUCAGAGGGAGAGAAUUACAGUUUUUUGAUAUAUUUUUGCAUUAAAAAAUAUAUUUUAUAAGAAAACAAGAAGAGUAUAUAUAAAUCUUGAAUUAAAUAUAUAAAGUUCUGAAAAAAUUAUUCAGAGAUCUUGUCUCCCUGAUGUUAUACUUAUGUAUACAUUACAGUUUUAAUAAAAGUGUUUUAAAUUCAAAA